CUUUAUUUUAUAUAUGUUCUUAGCUUCAACUGUGUCUUACAAAAUAGCAUCCGUCAUCGCCUACACGAACUUCCCACUUGAAUUUCCCAGGUUAGAGGGCUUGGAAAGAAGGAAGCAACAGCAUGAAUCCCGAUGUGGCUGGUCCUUCAGAUGUACCCAGCUUUAAAAUUAAAAUACCAGAAGACCAUGAAAGCCAUGACCAAUCUCCUCCUCAUGCUGCUGCUUCACAUGACCCAUUACCAGAUUUAGAAAAAUAUAUGAAAGAUCUGUUCGAGUAUGCAUUCUUUGAUAAGUGGGAUAAAAUGCAACCCAUUGUUGAAAAAGAUCCAAAUAGUGUACGCAUUCCAUUGACUCGAUUAGGCGACACAGCUCUUCAUGUAGCAGCAAAUGCGGGGAACAGACGUUUUGUUGAAGAGUUGCUUAUGUUUAUGAGGCCAGAAGAUGUGCUAAUACCAAACAUAGAGGGGAUGCUUCCAGUUCACUUGGCUGCUGCUUUAUCUCUCCAUCCCAGAAUAGUUCGACUUCUAUGCUCUGACGAUCUGCUUGACAAAAUGGAUUACAAGGAUAUUGAAAAACUCUUUUUUAUGACCAUUAGCAACGACAUAUUUGAUGUGGCCAUUAAAUUAUUUGAAAAACGUCCACGUGAAUUGACCUCUGCAAGAGAUGGACAGCAGCUAACAUCAUUGCAGAUGCUGGCGCGAAAGCCUUCUAAAGUUCUAAAGAGAAAAUUACAGAGCGACAUUGAAACAGGAGAACCAGUAGGAACGGGUAUGCGAUUGCUGAGGAGUAUAUGGAAAAAAGUUACAAAUCAGGAAAACGAAGUUAUUAAUUUUGAGUUGAUUACUCAACUAUUUUCUGAUGUAAUAGAAUCAGGAAACGAUGACUUCGUAAAAUGGUGUUUUGGGGAGAGUUCUGGAAUACUCAUGAACUUAAAGGACUCCAAUGGACGGAACCUAAUGCACUUGGCUUUUCUAUAUCGACGUAUCAAAUCCAUUACUGCAGACUUUAAAAAUUUUAAUUUUAUACGGUAUUUACUGAUAGCAGUGGACAAUGAAGGUAACAACGUUCUACACCUGGCUGCGCUUUUGGACCCUGAAUUCAAAUCAUUCUCAGGUUUAAGUGCAAAAUUUCAAAUGGACAAAGAGCUCUCUUGGUUCAAGGAUGCGGAGAGAAGAGUUCCUCCUGGAUUAAAGAGUAUGAAAAACAAGAAGGGAAAGACACCAGUUGAUGUAUUUUUUGAUGAACACAGGAAGUUAUGUGAUGAGAUAAAAAAAACCUGCCAAAGGAAUAGCGAAUUCUGGAAUGGUUGUGGCAACACUUGUUGCUACUGUAGCGUUUGCAGCUGCUCUGACGGUUCCAGGUGGCAAGGGAAAAAGUGACUGGUUCGUUGUCUACAUCAUCGCAAAUGCAAUAGCAUUAUUCAGUUCUUCUGCUUCUAUACUCUCUUUCUUGUCAAAUUUCACUUCUUCAAGAUUCGCAGAAAGUGAACUUGUCAUAUCAUUACAUCCCAAAUUGACUUUUGGACAUGCUUUGGUAAUCAUCUCUGUUGCUGCUAUGAUUGUCGCUUUCAUUGCGACUUCUUUUCUGAUAUUUGAAGACACAAGCAAGUGGAUUUCUUCUUUAGUGACUUCAAUGGGGGUUUUCCCAUUACUAUUGUUUCCUCUCUUUCAAUUUAGCCUCUUCGACGACCUCAUUUGGUCUAGAUGGUAUCGUCUCAAACGUGAGUCCAUGUUUGCUUUCCACCCCCUAUUGUUUGUUCGCCGCAAAUCUUCAGAUUCAACUGAUGACGACUUUUAGUUUGUAAAAUUGUAAGCAAAAGCAUUAUUGCAUCAACUGUAAGACAUAUGUGGAUAAACAACUCGAAAGUUGUGUCCACACCAUUGAAAAUGUACCAAGCUUCAACUUAUCUUUAUUCUCUCCUCAAUUGUAACUUACCAAAUC